AUGGAUGAGGAGGAACACUAUCCACUCGCUGCAAGGGCAAUCGCAAUGGAUACAUACAUGGAUGACGUGCUAACGGGUUCGGACAAUGUAACAGAGGCCACCAACCUGAGAAUGCAGCUUGAAGCGUUGAUGGAAAGCGGCGGAUUUCAUAUGAGGAAAUGGGCAUCGAAUUCGGCAGAGGUUUUAGACGGAAUCCCGGAAGACAGUUUGGCAAUUCAAGAUUCGCUAGGAGUUACAUUGGAUCCAGAUCCAGUCAUAAAGACUCUAGGGUUGAUAUGGCAUCCGGGGAAGGAUGUCUUCGGCUUUGGGUUCAAUAUUCCACCCUUAAGCGAGGUAACAACACUAUCAAGAUGGCAAUUACUUUCAAUUAUAGCGACACUUUUCGAUCCGCUUGGGCUGGUGGGAGCUACAAUUACGAUGGCGAAAUUGUUUAUGCAGCUGUCAUGGACCCUGAAGGAUAAGGAUGAACAGAGGCUCGGCUGGGAUGAAUCUCUUCCCUUGGAGAAGCUGUAG